GCCACAGGGGCACACUGGAUCGCUUUCCUCAAUGUCCGACUGCCAGUGGGGCGAACUUUGACCAACCACCAGUUAGCUAAAUUAUUUCGUGGCACUUACUGUCACUUUUGUUUUUAAAUAUAUAUAUGUGUGUGUUGUUUUACAUGAAACGAGAUGUGGUUUAUUUAUUUACUAAGUUGGCUGUCGUUGGUGAUACAGAUAUCUUUCAUCACACUAGCAAUUGCUGCUGGCCUGUAUUAUUUGGCAGAACUAAUAGAAGAGUACACAGUUGCCACUAGUCGAAUAAUAAAGUACAUGAUACUGUUCUCUACAGGUGUGCUGACGGGCCUGUACCUGUUUGAGGGCUUCCCAUGGCUGAUGAUGGGCUGUGGUCUCUUCACCAACCUGGUGUACUUUGGCCUCCUGCAGACCUUCCCUUACAUACUGCUGAGCUCGCCCAACUUCAUUCUCUCCUGUGUAUUGGUGGUGUUGAAUCACUACAUGGCUUUCCAGUACUUUGCUGAAGAGUAUUACCCCUUCUCAGAGGUCCUGGCGUACUUCACCAUCUGCCUGUGGAUCAUCCCCUUCUCCUUCUUUGUGUCGCUAUCGGCGGGGGAGAACGUGCUUCCGUCCACCGUGCAGCAAGGAGAUGACGUGGUCUCAAGUUACUUCACCAAGGGCAAGAGGGGCAAGAGGUCUGGCAUCCUGCUCAUCUUCUCUUUCCUCAAGGAGGCAGUGUUGCCUAGUCGACAGAAGAUGUACUGAGGCUCUACUCG